UGUUUUGAAAACGUGUUGACUUGAAUGAUGUGCCACCAUCAGUAAUUAUAGCCGUUAUUUUGAUGACGAUAUCGCCUCGAACUUAGCGAAGAUAUCCCCGGCCAUUUUGAUCAACGAUGCAGUUGCCAUCAGGGAGCAGUUACCUACUCGGCUACAAUCUAGAAGCAUUUGUUUCCCAGAAACUAAUGUGGAAGAACGAGUCUUUCAGGAAUCACCAGAUAUGUCUAACAUCUAACCUCGAGAGCAGCGCACCGUCAUGAAACUACUCGGCGCCAUCUUGGUGCUACUAUCUCCCGGCAUCCUCUGCGUGGCUGCUCAGAGGACUGCAAGAUCUCGCAGCGCGGCAGAGGCGGCUCCUGAAGGCGGGCCGACGACGUCCCGCGGCAGCCUCCGGUUCCGGUCCGGCAGGGUCGGCAGGGAUCGCUCGCCGGUGGACCGCGACGCCGCGGAGUCGGUGCUGGCCCCGGUGUCGCAGCAGCCCGCGUCCCCUCGCACCCAGAGGAGGACGGCGGCUGCCCCCGCCAUGGAGGACAACUUCGUGGACCCGCUGCCCCGGGCCAGGGGCAGCCGCCAGAGGUCCGCGGAGCCGGCCCACGUCGGGAGACGCCCCGCGGGCGACGAGGGAAGGGCCUUCUUCAGCCGGAGGAACGACGACCUGGAGGACGUGGCAGUCGACGUCCUGGAAGAAAUCCCGAGGCUCGGCGGCGGCAGGAGGAGAGCCUCCACCGUCGCGCCCUACACCCCCGCGGAGAGUUCCUCAAGGUCAUCCUCCAACAGGAAACCCGUUGAAUCCUCAUCCUCGUCCGGAUUCCAGUCGAGGAGGAAGUCCCCGUCCACGACCGAAGCAGCUCAGGAGUCCCGCGGUGAGAGGCUGAGAUCCAGGAACCCCCCGCGCGACUCCUCCACCGAGAGCACGUCGGACACCGGCCGCAGGAGGAACCCGAACCAAGGCCGGAGGGCGCCCUCCCGUCAGGAGGUCGUCAGGACCAGCAGGCGUCAGGGACAGAAAGUCCGAAUGGAGGAAGGACCCGUCGUACGUUCCCGUGGCGGCGGAAGGAAGCAGGCCGACCAGACCAGGUCCUCGACGGAGCGAUCCACGACAACGACGACGACGACCCCUGUGCUUCCGGUCUCUCCCGUAAUCAAGGAAGCUGAUGAACAGGUGACGACGGCGAAGACCGCAGCGGAACCCACCCCUGAGCAGAGGGAUCACAUACCCGUCAUGGAGCCCGUAGACGAGACGCCAGUUCUUCCCGAGCAGAUUGUGCCUGUCCCGACGAGUGCAACGCCGCAGAUGCCACCAGAGUCCCAAGGACAGGAGGGCAGGGGCGCCCAGAGACAGCCGUAUGCCCCGGAGAACAACCGGAGGAAGAAAACGCACUCCAGAGGAGACUCGAGCCCAGCGGACACCCAGACGCGCGCUUCGGCCGUGCGCGCGUCCGGUCGGAGGAGGACCGCCUCCGGUCCCCGGGUCGAAACUGGCGACCCCAUCGUGGCGAGGCAGGCUCCCAGGAACUGGCGGAACGCGGCCCAGACCCCAGCCAGGCUCGAGCUGGCGUUGCCCGCCGAGGAGGAGAAGAUACUGCCCCUGCCCAGCACCAAGAGCUUCGUGGUCGUCCCCACCGAGGCGAACGUCAUUCCAGAGGCUGCCCCCGGGGCCCCCACCUCCAGGUUCAAGCAGGAAGGUCUUCUGGCUUCCAGACUCCAGCAGGAAGGUCCUCUGACUUCCAGGAAGUCCCACGCUGUCGAGGUCUCCCCAGAGGAACCAGCCCCGAAAGACAUCGUGAGGACGAGAACCUCAUCCAGACUCAGAGCUCACAGGCAGACCAUCUCGCCCGACGGUGUCAGAGGGAGCAGGCAGUCCGCACGUUCAAGCACAGUCCCAGCGCCGACCGCUGACGACCUGGUGACCCCGACACCCAGGACCCUGUCCCCUGGGAAGACGGGGUCGAAGCGGCACCGGGAGUCCCCCAGGAGGCAGCCCGGGGCGGAGUCCUCCGAGGACCUCCCGCAGGACGCGCCGAUGCCAGAGCUGAAGAGGUCCAGCAGGCUCACCUCGUCCUUCUCCUCGACACGCAAGGCUCUCGCGAAGCCUUUCAGACCCGGCAAGCAGAAGGACGCCGUGACGGAGGCAGGGGCAGCCAAGAACGAGGUGGCCUUGCAGAGCGAGGACACUCGCCAUUCGCUGAAAAGCGCGGGUCCCACGGAGGAGGCCCUGGUCACCCGCAGCUCGCAGCACCCGGUCACGGUGACCCUGCUGCCCAGCACCGCCUCCAGCCUGCAGUUUCCGAACCUGGCUGCUGAUGACGUCAUCCCUCGCGCCGACAGGUUGGCCAACAUGCGCAACAAGUACCGAUCCAGCUUGGAGCCCAAAUUCGGUCUGGCGAAGAAGUCGCAGGAUUAUUCUUCUAGAACCCAGCAGCAGAGCGGGCGCACCACGGAGGCCGGCGCCAGGCAGCAGCUGCGGGCGCCGCGACGCCUGCCCACGGCCGCCAGCCCGCUGCUGUCCCCGGAGCUGUCGGCCCGCGCCACGCAGUCCUCCUCGCGCUCCACGGCCAGCGUGCGGCGCAGCAUCCUGCCCGCGGCGCUGAACGAGGUGCGCGCGCAGCCGUCGACUCCGGCUUCGCCCAGCACGCCCAGGUUCAGCGCGCGCUACCGCAGCGACCUGCUGCGCUCAGCCACGGGCUUCAAGGCUUCGCCCACCCCGGCCUACCUGCCCACCGUGCCCACCGUGCGGCCACCCGCCGCCCAGCAAUCGGCCACCCCGCAAUCGGCCACCCCCGCCAUCCCCGCCGUCAGCGAUGACUCUUUGAUCUCAGGAUCGACAGUCAAAGUCGACACAUCGACAGUAUCGAUGCCAGAAGGCACGACAAUCGAGGACUCGGCGCAGGAAGGUCUGGGGAAUAAGACAGUUAUCGACGAUCCUGCUGAAUUCCUUUCACAAGGCUCAUCCCUUAGCGAGUCUUCUGUCUCGACCACUUCCGCCCCAGAAACUACGGUAGUUUCCAUGACCACCGGUGCGACGGAGGAGAGAGCAGCUACAGGUGAUUCAACCACAGAGCCUGAUGUCGGAGUCGAAUCUGAUCCAGAUACUCCACUAACUACAACUCCUGCCGUUACCACGGCUCCUGAGGCUACCACGGCACAAGCUGCAACCACCACUCCUGCUGGCACCACAACACCCGCUGCUACUACUACAACUCCUGCUGCUACCACAACUCCCGAAGCUACCACAACUCCUGCCACUACCACAACUCCUGAAGCUACCACAACUCCUGCCACUACCACAACUCCUGCUGCUACCACAACUCCUGAAGCUACCACAACUCCUGAAGCUAUCACAUCUCCUGAAGAUGCCACAACUCCUUCCACUACCACAACUCCUGCUGCUGCUACUACUACUCCAGAGGCUACCACAACUCCUGAAGCUACCACAGUACACGCUGCAACCACCACUCCUGCUGGCACCACAACACCAUCUGCAACCACAACACCUGCUGCCGCCACAACUCCUGAGGUUACCACAACCAGCUCGACUCCUGCUGCAACAAUCUCCAACUCUGUCGUAGACUCGCGGAAGGCAGGCGACUCAGCCGGCAGCGACUGGCUCUCCGGCGCGCCCAAGCGAGUGUUCAGCAGCACCCCGCGCCACUUCGAGGAGUCCAACUCCUUGUACCUGUCCUUCCAGAGGAGGAAGGACGUGGACGUGGACGAACAGGGCUCCUCCCUGAUAUCCGUGUCGCACAGAUACGACGGGCCGAGCCAGCACGCGGUGACCACGGAGCGCUCCUUCACGACAUUCAACCUCCUGAACACCCCUCCGGGUCCGAUAUUCGCGUCCAACAGGGCGUCCAUCAACCUGCCCGCCUUCGUGGAGGCGCGGGACCGCUUCCUGACCGAGCCGCCGCUGCCCAGGACGCCGAGGACCCCGGUGCCCUACGUCAUCUUCGGCAUCUUCCCCAACAACACGGUGUUCCGCAAGUUCCCCAACUCGGACGUGAGGGAGAUCGUCAGCGAGAACGAGAUAGCGAACCGCCGGCCGUACUACCCUGAGCAGGCGCCGCAGCGGCCCAUGUACAGCGGCUUCAGCCAGCACCCUUACACGGCUGCCACCCCGGGCUCGCUGCGGUCCAAGUUCGUCACCGGCCCGCGGGACUACGAGGACAAUCUCAUCUUCGACGCGCCCGCCCCUCCCGGCUCGCCCCCUGCGGUCUCCGUGCGCUACGGCGGCAGCACGGCCGCUCCGCCGAGGUCCUCGUCCUCCUCCUCCUCGGUGCUGGUGGUCACCAGCAGCUCCGCCGCCCCUCCCAGCGGCGCCCCUGGCGGGGACAACUCGCAGCUCGCCCAGGACUUCGCCCUGCUGGCCACGCUGCUCCAGAGGGGAGGUGACUCCCAGGGCCAAGCCCCAUCUGCUGCUUCGCCGCUAGCAAACAGGAUCAUAGAGCUAGCCUUGCAGCGACAAGAAGAAUCUACAUCGCGACCCGACGAUGCCACCACCACCACCACAACCACAACCACUACUGCUGCUACCACUCUUCUCCCGGGACCCGAGACGGGGGCGAAGGCGGAAGGAGUGACUUCGGAAGGCGCGAGUCCUGCUGCCGGCCAGGACCCGUCCAGCCUCGCGCUCCUGGCGCUGCUGCACAACCAGGGCAAGGACUCCACCAGCAGCCACCACGUGCUCGCCUCCUUCACCGGGAGCCACGCCGGUGGACCCGGGGGUCUGGACGGGCUCAAGGUCGAGGACGUACUGAAGCUGGCAGCCCAGCCAGGGGGCGCGCCCCCAGCGGCGUUGCCCGGGGACCUGGGGCUUCUGCUCAGGUCCACCCAGCCCCCCGCUAGCUCGUCCACGACGGGCAGACCCCCCGCCGCCGCGCCCAAGAAGAGGCCCAGCAAGACCUCCCCUCGACAAGUGGGCGGCUUGCCUGGCUCGUCUAGCUCGUCUGGCUCGGCCAACGCGCUGGUGGACACCGCCAUCAACAUGACGAGGAGCGUGUCGCAGCUGGUCGGCCGCGUCAUUCAGGGCGCGGCGCAGCAGCUGCAGACCUUCGUGCGCGGCAGGACGGGGCAGCUGGGGCAGUACUUCUCGUUCGGCGCCGGCUAGUGUAACUGCUCCUCCCUCCUCCGUCUACCCUGCCCCCCGGCCGGGCCGCAGAACAGCCACCCUCGACAGAAGCGCACACCUGCCCGGCUACCCCCCCCCCCCCCCCCCCAGUUCCCCGCCGGCCAGGAGUCAGCCGACCCCCACUUGUGACGAGUACACUGUCCGGUCAGCUGAGCCAGGCCAUGUGACUAUUGCUGGGUCGGUGGCCCCCAGCCUCUGCUCUAACAACUUACCGAUCAAACAACAGGGAGCGAUCCCUAGCAGUUCUGCUUUAAAUUAUACAGCUCUGGAAUGUAAAAAAAAAAGGGGGGGUUGUCUGUAAAGUCGGUUUACGGACGAUAAUUUUACGUGAUAACGUCAUAAGAAAAAAAAUGAUGAAAAUUUUGAAUACUUUUUUAAUUUUACAAAUAUUAUUUACAGUUUUUUGCAAAAUUUAAUUUUAAUAAUUUGUUAAUAUAUAAUCACGAACAAUUAGUUUAAAAAGCCCCGCCCUUAACCUGUUUGAUAUUAUAGAAGAUUUUCCUCGCACGGUGGUCGGCCGGUUCUUGCACGCUCGGCUCGGGCGGAACGUGACUAUGAGUCGUGUUUUUUUUCGUGCGUGCAGCCGGCGUUCGUCGAUUUAUUAGACGUUGUCACGUCAAGAAAUUCAGAAUCAUGUUGGAUACACAGAAUAUUUAAAAAAAAAAAAAAAAAUUUCCUCGCAUGCUUGUGUUUACUCUGUUUACAACGCAACACCCAGCUCUAAGUCGUAUCUCUGUACGAGGAUACGGUUAUCUAAAGUUUACGAUCAGGUUGAUUCUUCGUUGAAGGGAAAACCGUAGAUCUGGUGUGUUAUUUCCAAACAGGUGUGGUUCUUAGCAACGAAUCCGCCCGGCCAAUGAUGACAGACUGUAGACGCCUGCCUUGGCUUUGCGCUUCUGCGAGCUGAGAAGCCUAACAUGUACAUCAAGUUCUGUCCCUGCCCGAACACGCCCGAAUAUUCACCUUCGGCCAACCUCGGGAUUUGUUUUAUUUUUUUUUGCGCAGGAAAAAAUGAAUUCAAAUAUUAAAAAGUGGUCGGUUAGGUUAGCUACAUUAAAACACUUUAAAAACGCUAUGGACGGUUAGUUAGGUUAGUAUAGCUACAUUCAAAUAAAAAGAGAAAUAUAAAUAUAUAAAUAAACCCGAGGUUGGCUGAAGGUGAAUAUUCGGGCGUGUUCGGGCAGGGACAGAACUUGAUGUACAUCUUAGGCUUCCCCUGCGAGCUAGUAGCUGUUCUGCGCCCGGACCCCCCCCCCCCCCCCCCUUUCCCCUGAGCAGUCCCGAGGUCGAUUCUGUGAACCACGAGUGAAUAUGAACGCAGCGACGCAACGACGCAACCAGCGCAAUAAAUUCACCGUCGCUCACAAAGAACGCAAGUCGCGAGACGCCAUCAACCCUACAACUUGAAAAAUUUUAAAUCCGUAGGAAUCAAAAAUGAAUUUUAUUUGUUCAUCAGACCCCAGUUAUUGAAAUCUAUAUUUUUAAAGCACGCAUUGUGUUGUAAGUGGUGUAAUAAUUGCAUCCUUAAAUAUUUUCAUCCAGCUAAAUUAACACAGUUGUUAUGAAAAAUCGAGAAUAAUUUUUAUGAGAAUGCAUGCGUAACGCUUCUUCAAAACUUUACGCAUUGCAUGUAUGCCAGUAGCGCCUAACCACACACACGUGUUUCAUGCCUCAUUGUUUGUUUAUAAAUCAAGGGUUGCGAAGACAAAUAUUUUUAUUAUUCAUGUUUCUUAAGAAAAAAAUUAAUUGACAGUAAUUUGAUUUUAAAAUGUUAUUAUUUUUUUCACUGUGUGAAAGUUUAACAAGUUUAAUCGUGAUGUAUAUCAUUAAAAAACAUAUUUUGUGGCCUUCCAUAACGCUUGUGUUUUGAAAGAAGUUUUCGGUAAUUCUAGUUCAAAUAUGGCCGUCAUGAUAAGAAGUUGGAAGGUCACAGACGCUUGUUUCUUUAUGCAGUUCAUAAAUGGGUGUUCGAAAACAUCGUUAUUGAAUUUCUUGCGUUCUUGCGUCCUUGCGUAGUUCAUGGGCCCGACUCUAAGUGUGAAUUUAGACCGCCCAGGAUUCACUGAGUCUACUCGUUCGUCACUGGAACUGGCGAGAAAUGUGUCACUGUGAAGAGAUGCUACACUGUGUUAUUAUUUUUUUUUCGCGUUAUAUCAUGGCUUGACGUUGAUUCGAAGUCCCGUCUUUAAAAAUUUGUAUUUGCCUUGUCCAAACAAACUGGAUUACGGAUCCUAGAAACCUAUUUGACCUUUUUCUAAGAGAAAUUAAUUUAAUUUUUUUAUUUCAAGUCGUCAAUUCUUAAUACUAGGGACGUUCCAAAAGUAAGUUUCGUUUUUUUUUUUUUCACACGGGAACUUUAUUGCCAAAUGUGGAUUCUUAAGGGGCGUGUCUGUGUUAGUGAGGCGGGAUGAUAAGCGCGACGCUCGCUGGUGCUUCUAGCGCGGUGUCUCCUCUGGACUGGCGCGCAGUCUUCUCCCAGUGCGUAUGAGCGGUGACCGUAACAUUACACGGCAGUACCCUUAAGUGCUUUCAACACUCUCUACCGGUUGUUUUACGCCUAAAUGUCACUCUAAAUGUCACUCUAAAUACACGCCUUUGAGACAUUUUAACUCUUCUAUAAAAUACAGUUUAAAAAUUCAAUCCGAAAUCAAAAGUACUUUUCGGCCCUCAGCGAACUCUUAAAUGCUUUUCCGUAAGCAGACCCCCACUCGGAUAUCUCGAGUAGUUUUGAAAUCGCGUUGUUAUUCCUGAAGCUCUGCGCACCUCCCUUUUAACGGUGUUUUUUUUUUCCCCUGGUGUACCAACUGCUCUUUAAAAAAAAUAAAUGACGGAACUUAAUUUCGGAACGUCCCUCGUACGAUUUAAUAUUGCGACACCUCAGUAGAGUUGAAUUAAUUUAAAUAAGUUCGCAAGUUAUUUCAAAAAAAUUGAUCUGCUACAAGUUUUGGCACCGACUUAAAAUAAAAUUUGAGCUAAUUUCUGCUCGCAGCUUUGUGAAGACACGGUGGACAUGCCUCAGGUUAAGUCUACUACAGCUUCGUGUCGUAGUUAUUUAAAUAGAGUAGAAUAACUUGCAUUUCGCUUGAUGUAAGCUUUUGGACACACGCCAUUGCUAAGCAUUGAAUUCUUUAGUAUUAAGGACGGAUUGAAUUUCAAGCUGUAGUGCCGAAAUUUCAUUGUUCGAAUGUGAUUUUUGGCAGUGAUAUGCGGCAAUUCUUUCACUCAGUAGCUUUUGGCUGGCUUUCCGGGUUAUUGUUUGAGCCUGUUCGCUGUUGACCGGGGAUUUGACCUUGAGGCCCCCUAGGAAUGACUCCCUUACAGAGAAAAGUAAAGUUAUUGGAACAUUGUGAUAGGUCAAUCAUUUUCUUUUCCAACUUCCUCAGGGAAAUAUGCAUAAAUGCUUAGCAGUGGCAUAUGUCCGAAAGCUUACAUCAAGUCAUGCACUCCCAUUGCACAAAUCUUUCAAAGAUAAUAUUCCAUAUCUCUCUUCCUCGCUCUUAUACAAACCAUUUCACAGAGUUGUCUUGUUUUUUGCCAAGACUUUAAUCAGGCGGGUAUCUGUUGUGUAAUGUGUGCUCAAACAAUGAGUUGAAUUGUACAAAGUACUGAGCGAAAUUCCUCUCGUUGUGAGAGGGGUUUUCGCUCAUUCGCUUUAGAGGAUAUUGUACAUGUGUGUUAUCUACUUUUUAUACGCCCCUUCAUGUAGAAAAUCUUCCAGUCCGAAUCUACAUCAUGUUGCGAAAAUGUGAUUUUUUUUUUAUUUUUUACCCCCAGAACUAGUGUGCUGAGAAAGUUGCUUUUGGUUGUGAUUUCAGUCAUAAUUGCUACGUUAAAAUGUAAUAUUUACAUAUCAAAAAAAUUGUUCAUUUCUUCAUUUUUGAAUGUUUGCCUAAAUUUCAUUAAAUGUUUCUUAUCUUUUUUUAUUUUAUAUGGUGUCAUGGUCUUGUAAAUAUGUAAUUACAUUUUUUGUUUUCAAUAAAUGUAGAAUUUUUA